GUUCCCGCCCCUCUACCCACAGAACUCCGAACCCCAAUGAUCCUUCAGCAAUCUCCGGAACGAGGACCCCCGGGUCAGGCCUUGCGCGACCUACGGGCCGCCUCGGGGGCACCUCGAGGCCUGGACGCGAGGCUCAGGCGAGCAGAUCUUGGAUAUGGGGCCAAGAGGGUGGAGUGCACCUGGCUCUUUUUUCUUCCCAGCUCCCCUCCCCGAGGAGCUGUGCCCAUGAGCACCAAGCGGCGCCUGGAGGAGGAGCAGGAGCCUCUGCGCAAGCAAUUCCUGUCUGAGGAGAACAUGGCCACCCACUUCUCUCGACUCAGCCUGCACAAUGACCACCCUUACUGCAGCCCCCCCAUGGCUUUCCCCCCAACUCUGUCCCCACUCAGGAGCCCUUGUUCUGAGCUGCUUCUCUGGCGAUACCCUGGAAACCUGAUCCCUGAGACCCUUCGGCUUCUGAGGCUGGGGGACACCCCUGCCCCCCAUUAUCCUGCAACUGCAGCUGGGGACAUAAUGGAGUUCUGAGUGCUGGCAGUCAGUGCCUCUCCCCAACAACGGAGACCAACACCCCCACAAAGCAACCGGCUGCCCUGCUUUUUCUCCAGACCAGGCCUCUGGGCACCAGGACAUGAGCCUCAAUGAAUCCUGAGGUUGGGAGGGGCAGGAAAGACAGCAGCAGGGAAAGGGAGGCAUCCCCUCCACACACCAGAACUGAAUAAAGAUUACUAAGCUGA